AUGAAACUAAAAAUAAUUGUUUUAACAAUAUUAAUAAUAGCCGUAAAUGCUAAAAAGAUAAGCUAUGAAGGGUAUAGCCUUUACAAAGUAACUCCUGAGACAGAAAAUGAUCUGAUACUUUUGAAAGACCUUCAAAAGAAGGGAGUGGGGGAAUUUUGGGAAGAUUCGUUUUAUAGAAAUUAUGAAAUGAGAAUAAUGGUGCCGAAAGAAAAUAAAAUUUUAUUUAAUUCGAUGCUCGAGAAAUCUGGCAUGGUCGCUGAAGAGACCAUAAAAGAUAUACAGAGAGCGAUCGACGAUCAAUUAAAGCCGACACAGCGGAGUGCACAGGAAAGUCAUUCAUUUCUUUCAAUGAACUGGAACCAAUAUUACACUCUUGAAGAAAUUUAUAAUUGGCUCGAUGAAGUGCAAAAAAACUACCCGACUAUUGUCAAAUCGGUUACCAUGGGCACCUCUUUCGAAAACAGACCAAUAAAAGGUAUCAUCAUCGAUUAUGGACAAACGAGGAAUGAUACAUUGAUUGGCAUGUUACAAGGAACACUUCAUGCCAGAGAAUGGAUAACAACUGCAACAAUAACAUGGAUAAUCAAGGAGUUUUUGACAAGCACUAAUCGUGACGUAAGAGCUCUGGCUGAGAAUUUCCAAUGGCAUUUAUUCCCAGUGGUCAAUCCUGACGGAUACGUCUAUACUUUUACAACGAACAGAAUGUGGAGAAAGAACAGAAGCACUCAAAAUUUUACUUCCUGCCUCACCACUGGUGUGGCUGAUGAUAUGAGUAAUGGAGUUGAUUUGAAUAGAAAUUUUGACUAUUCUUGGAUGACAUUGGGUUCUUCUGAUAAUCCAUGCACCCAAGUGUACGCUGGACCUGGUGCGUCUUCUGAGCCGGAAACGAGAGCUAUAUCAAAUUAUAUCCUGGGUCUGAAUAGGGAAGGGCGUUUCAUUUAUUUCAUUGACUUCCAUUCCUACACUCAGCUCAUUUGUAUACCAUAUAGUGAUGUCAGUGGAAACGACGUUUUGUCGGCAGAAAAUUAUGCUGAUAUGUUUGAAAUAGCUGCAAGAGGUGCCGAGAAAAUUAGAGACAGAUUUGCAACAAGGUAUAGAGUUGGAGUGGCGAGUGAUAUUCUGUAUCCUAUGAGCGGCACUAAUUUUGACUGGGCGAAAUACGCAGCGAGAAUACCAAUAUCUUAUCUUAUCGAACUGAGAGACUUAGGGGAGUAUGGCUUCCUGUUACCCCCUGAACAGAUUAUACCAAACAAUAAAGAAAUUAUGGACGCAUUAGUGGAAAUGGACAAGACCACUAGACUUUUGGGUUAUUAUUCAGGGUCACAAUCUAUAAUUUGUUCGUUUAGUAUAAUUUUGAUUGGGCUCAUAGUAGCUCUUAUUAAUUAAGCUAAUUCUACACAAAUUUAAUAGAAGUUUCUUUCAU